AUGCAGGUGAACCGGGGACGUAAGCCCAGCGCAGCGUUGACGCGCCGUUUAGAACAGCACCGUCAGCCCUGCUUGCUAGUUGAACAGCCCAUUAAGUGGAAAACAGACUCUGCAGAAGCCAAGGGAGCAGUUAGCUCUCUCGGGCAGAGCACCCACCACGAGUUGGUAGAGCCUUGGAACAAUAUCUUAGACAAACGUUCACGCCAUAUUCUUCUGACCAUGCCGGAACCUCGCAGAGCUCUUAUUACGGGGAUUACGGGACAGGAUGGCUCCUACCUCAGCGAGCUGUUGCUGCAGAAGGGAUAUGAAGUCCACGGCAUCAUUCGUCGCAGCAGCACUGUGAACACUGAGAGGCUACUUCCAGUAUCACAAAGAAUUCACCUGCACUUUGGCGACAUGGUGGAUUCGUCAUCCCUGUUUGACAUAAUCUCUCGUGUUCGUCCUCAUGAGGUGUACAAUCUAGCCGCUCAGAGCCACGUCAAGGUCUCAUUUGAAAUGCCUAUACACACCACCGACGCUACGGCAGUUGGUGUUCUGCGCUUGCUGGACGCCAUUCGGGCUGCUGGCCUCGCACAAAGGACGCGAGUGUUUCAGGCGUCAUCUUCCGAAAUGUUUGGGUCAAGUGACUGGGAUCUACAGAACGAAGAUACCCCAUUCAAGCCUUGUUCGCCUUACGGUGUCUCUAAGCUCUACGGGCACUUCACAGUGCAAACGUACCGGUCGGCUUACGGAAUGUUCUGUGUUAGUGGCAUUCUUUUUAACCACGAGAGUCCCCGAAGAGGAACAACUUUUGUUUCAAGGAAGAUCACAAUGGGCAUAGCUAGCAUCUUGAAAGGAGAGAUAGACUGUCUUGAACUGGGUAACUUAGAAGCUCGGAGAGACUGGGGUCAUUCGCGCGACUACGUGAAGAGCAUGUGGAUGAUGUUGCAGCAACCGACCCCCAAAGAUUACGUCGUUGCUACAGGAAAGCAACAUUCAGUCCGCGAAUUCUGCCAACUGGCCUUCGCCAUUGCGGAUCUUCCCAUUGAGUGGAAGGGUAAAGGCCUAGAGGAGGUAGGCACAUGCGGGGGCCGAAUACUUGUGCGCGUGGCCUCUGCACAUUUUCGUCCCACAGAAGUUAAUGCUUUGAAAGGAGACGCAUCAAGAAUUCGUAAAGAACUAAAGUGGCAGCCCGAUACAACUUUCUCAGCCUUGGUCUAUGAGAUGCUGCAGAGCGAUAUGCGCCUAGCGGGCUUAAGCCCUCCAACUCCAGCGGAGUGCAACAAACGCAUUUCGAAGCAUAUGAAAGAUCCUGCUGACUUGCUGCUAAAGUAG